UUAGCAUAGUCUUCAGCAUUGUGUUCAGCAUUGUGUUAAACAUUGUGUUUAGCAUUGUGUUAAACAUUGUAUUCAGCAUUGUAUUCUAUUUGUUUAAUGGAGGUGGAAGACACCCUGGCUCUGGUCAUCAUGUUGUUCAACGGUCCGUACUUCCUCUUCUUCUGCCGAGGAUUCAAGCUUGUCGGUCCCAUGGUUAUCAUGAUAUAUAGGAUGCUGGCUCAGGAUCUUCUUAGGUUCAGUAUUAUCUACAGUAUCUUCAUCGUUGGGUUCUCCCAGGCCUACUAUAUCAUAUUCCAGAGCUAUAACGAUCCAGAGGAGAAUCCGCUCAAUACAUCAGUAGAGAGUGUACUCAGGAUGUUUUUAAUGACCCUUGGUGAGAUUGGAAGUCUGUGGGACGCUAUUCAUGAAACUGAUCACGUGAUCAUCGGUAAAAUUCAUUUCUUCAUCUUCAUAUCCCUCGUGGUUGUUCUACUCCUUAACCUUCUCAUUGCUAUGAUGGGAGAUACUUAUGCUAAGAUUGCUGAGAUAAAGAAUGAAUGGAUGAGAUAAUGGGCUAGA